UCCAAUUUCAAAAAAAUUUCCAUUAACGCUCGAAGAAGAAUGGAGGGAAAGCGGUCAAGAGGGAGGGCACAGCCCCGUCCCCGCCAUUUGCUUACGAAAAUCAAAGAAUUUACUCGAGCUCUUGUGAGAGAUCUCAGCGACGGCCGGUCACCUGAGAUUCUCAUCCAUCGCUUCCGAAAUUACUGCUCCAAUCCCUCCGCAAAUUGCUAUUGUAGCUCUGAUUUGCCGAAAGGGAAGGAGACGCUCACACUUCGUAAAGAAACCCAUGUUCGUAGAUUAGAUGUUCUGCUUAGGGUUCUUGUAAUUGUUCAGCAACUUCUGCAAGAAAACAGACAUGGGUCUAAGAGAGAUAUCUAUUACAUGCACCCUUCAAUAUUUUCAGAUCAGUCAGUUGUAGACCGUGCAAUCAAUGACAUAUGCAUCCUUCUGCAGUGUAGUCGCCACAAUUUGAAUGUGGUGUCUGUAGGAAAGGGGUUGGUAAUGGGCUGGUUAAGGUUCGCAGAGGCUGGAAACAUGUUUGAUUGCAUAAAUAGACCAAACACUGCUUACCCUGUUCCAGUUCAUGUUGAAGAGGUCAAAGAUAUUGUUAGUGUUGCCCAGUACAUACUUGUUGUGGAGAAAGAAUCAGUUUUUCAACGAUUGGCAAAUGACCAGUUUUGUAACACAAACCACUGCAUUGUCAUCACUGGAUGUGGAUAUCCUGAUAUUUCCACAAGAAGGUUUUUGGGGCUCCUUGUUGAUACUUUACAUAUCCCUGUCUAUUGCUUGGUAGAUUGUGAUCCCUACGGUUUUGACAUCUUGUCCACAUAUCGGUUUGGUUCUCUGCAAAUGGCGUAUGAUGCAAAAUUUCUACGGGUCCCCGAGAUAAUCUGGCUUGGAGCCUUCCCUUUGGACUCGGAGAAGUACCAUCUUGCACACCAGUGUCUCCUUCCUUUGACUGCAGAAGACAAGAGGAAAACUGAAGCCAUGUUACAGAGAUGCUACUUAGAAAGAGAAGUGCCACAGUGGAGAUUGGAGCUACAGUUGAUGCUGGAAAGAGGCGUGAAAUUUGAGCUAGAAGCAUUGUCUGUGCAUGAACUUUCCUUUUUGUCGACCGAGUACAUACCAUCAAAAAUUCAAGGUGCUUAUUCAAUAGACAUAGAUGCAGAACAAUCGAUGGUAAAAGUUUCAGGCAAAGUAAAUCCAAAGAUAAUUCUACAGUUGCUUGGAGGGAAACAUGCCAAGGUAAAAAGUAUCAAGUUUGAUAGUGAGGAACCGUCCAUGGGGGGCGGUUAUCCCCCUCCCCCUCCUCCUCUUCCCCCAUACGGAAUGGGGCUGGCGCCCCAUCCCUAUUCCUAUCUGAAUGGAGGGCCAUAUGACUACCCCAUGAUGAUGCCACCACUUCUGAUGCUGCCACCAUCACCACCACCAUCAUCAGUGGCAGCACAACCUCAACAAAAACCAACAUUACUAUUAGAAGCACCACCCCAGAAUUCGGGGGCCACAGCACAACCACAAAAUUCAGGAACGUCAGCACCACCAACCACUAAUGUUGCAAAGGAGGCAGUGAUACCCUCAGAUAACAAGUCUAAGCGUUGCGGCAUCGUCAAGAAUUGCAGCAUUAUGUGAUGAGCUUGAAAAGGGUGCUGCCGACUUUCAUUCUGAAGUUGACGUAUAAUAAUUUUUGCUAGAUCUCACUUCUCUUGGUGUUGAUUUCUCCUUCAUUUUGUAAAACUAGGUCUACUAGUAUUCACUUAUAUAUCAUAGUAUUGAAUGAGCCAUGCAAACUUUCAUGUUCA